AUGCUGCGCUACCUGCUCAAAACACUGCUGCAGAUGAACUUGUUCGCGGACUCCCUGGCGGGGGACAUUUCCAACUCCAGUGACCUGCUCUUCGGCUUCAACUCCUCGGUAGCGGCGCUCAACCACAGCCUGCUGCCCCCCGGCGAUCCCUCUUUCAACGCGUCAAGGGUCGAGCCGGAGGACGCGAUGCCGCGCAUCGUGGAGCAGCCGCCUGAUCUGUUGGUCUCCAGAGGCGAGCCGGCCACUCUGCCCUGUCGCGCGGAGGGCCGGCCCCGGCCCAACAUCGAGUGGUACAAGAAUGGGGCGCGAGUGGCCACUGCGCGCGAGGACCCGCGCGCGCACCGCCUGCUGCUGCCCAGCGGGGCACUCUUCUUCCCGCGCAUCGUUCACGGGCGCCGCGCGCGGCCCGACGAAGGUGUCUACACUUGCGUGGCGCGCAACUACCUGGGGGCAGCGGCUAGUAGAAAUGCCUCGCUAGAAGUGGCAGUCCUCCGUGAUGAUUUCCGGCAGUCUCCUGGGAACGUGGUGGUGGCAGUGGGGGAGCCAGCGGUAAUGGAAUGCGUGCCUCCCCGUGGCCACCCGGAGCCUUCCGUGUCUUGGAAGAAGGACAGUGCAAGACUCAAGGAGGAGGAGGGAAGGAUCACGAUUCGUGGAGGGAAGCUGAUGAUGUCACAUACACUCAAGAGUGAUGCAGGGAUGUAUGUGUGUGUGGCCUCCAACAUGGCAGGAGAACGGGAGAGUGGGGCAGCCGAACUUGUGGUCCUGGAGCGACCCUCAUUCCUGCGUAGACCUGUGAAUCAGGUGGUCCUGGCAGAUGCCCCCGUGGAUUUCCCAUGUGAGGUGCAAGGAGAUCCCCCGCCUCGUCUAAGAUGGCGCAAGGAAGAUGGGGAACUACCCACAGGCAGGUAUGAGAUCCGGAGCGACCACAGCCUUUGGAUCGGGCGUGUGAGUGCGGACGAUGAGGGGACGUACACCUGUGUGGCUGAGAACAGCGUGGGCCGUGCCGAAGCAUCUGGCUCCCUCAGUGUUCACGUCCCUCCCCAGCUGGUCACCCAGCCCCAGGACCAGAUGGCAGCUCCUGGAGAGAGCGUGGCUUUCCAAUGCGAGACCAAAGGAAACCCCCCACCUGCCAUCUUCUGGCAGAAGGAGGGAAGUCAAGUCCUGCUUUUCCCCAGUCAGCCACUUCAGCCCAAGGGGCGCUUCUCAGUCUCUCCCAGAGGCCAGCUCAACAUUACUGAUGUGCAGAGUGGGGACGCUGGCUACUAUGUGUGUCAGGCUGUUAGUGUGGCCGGCAGCAUCCUGGCCAAGGCCCUGUUGGAGGUAAAAGCAGUUCUUCCUCUCUCAGCCUCCUCCUUGGACGGGCUGCCUCCCAUCAUCCUCCAGGGACCAGCCAAUCAGACGCUGGCACUUGGCUCCUCUGUGUGGCUGCCAUGCAGAGUGACUGGGAACCCUCAACCUAGCAUCCAGUGGAAGAAGGACGGGCAGUGGCUGCAGGGGGACGACGUGCAACUCAAUCUAAUGGCCAACGGUACCCUGUACAUCGCCAGGGUGCAGGAGAUGGACAUGGGUUUCUACAGCUGUGUGGCCAAGAGUUCCACAGGGGAGGCCACAUGGAAUUAUCGCCUCACUGCAGAGGACUGGGGAGUUUCAUCAGAGCCCCCUACGGAGCCCAGUACCCCUCCAGGGCCUCCCUCUCAGCCACUGGUCACUGAGAUCACCAAGAACAGCAUUACCCUGACCUGGAAGCCCAACCCGCAGGCCGGGGCCACAGUCACCUCUUACGUGAUAGAGGCCUUCAGCCAAGCAGCUGGCAACACGUGGCGGACAGUGGCAGAUGGCGUGCAGCUGGAGACACACACUGUCAGCGGUCUGCAGCCCAACACCAUCUAUCUGUUCCUGGUACGAGCUGUGGGAGCCUGGGGCCUCAGUGAGCCCAGCCCCGUCUCUGAGCCUGUCCGCACCCGGGACAGCAACCCAUCCAGGCCAGUGGAGGACCCAUGGAGAGGCCAGAGGGGACUGGCUGAAGUGGCCGUGCAUAUGCAGGAGCCCAUAGUCCUUGGGCCCCGGACCUUGCAGGUGUCCUGGACUGUAGAUGGCCCAGUCCAGCUGGUGCAAGGUUUCCGAGUGUCUUGGAAGGUAGCAGGCCCUGAUGGGGGACACUGGACAGUACUGGACCUACAGUCCCCAAGCCAGCAAAGUACUGUGCUAAGAGGACUCCCCCCAGGGACCCAAAUUCAGGUCAAGGUGCAAGCCCAAGGCCAGGAGGGGCUGGGGCCUGAAAGUCCCUUCAUGACCAGAAGCAUUCCUGAGGAGGCCCCCAGUGGUCCCCCCCAGGGAGUGACAGUAGCCCUGGGGGGUGAAGGCAACAGCAGUGUCACAGUGUCCUGGGAACCUCCACUCCCUUCCCAGCAAAAUGGGAUCAUCAAGGAAUACCAGAUAUGGUGCCUGGGCAAUGAGAGUCGCUUCCACCUCAACCGGUCUGCGGCAGGCUGGGCACGCUCCGCGGUGCUCCGGGGACUGCUGCCCGGUGUUCUCUACCGGACCCAGGUCGCGGCGGCCACCAGCGUGGGCGUGGGCGUGGCCAGUGCCCCGGUGUCAGUGCAACUGCCUUCCCCGCCGGGAUUGGAGCCUGGGCUCGAGGUGGGCCCGGGGCUGGCGGAGCGGCUGGCGAGGGUGCUGCGGGAGCCUGCCUUCCUCGCGGGCAGCGGCGCCGCGUGCGGGGCGCUGCUCCUCGGGCUCUGCGGCGUCCUCUACCGGCGCCGGAGGCAGCGCAAGGAGCUCAGUCACUACACGGCCUCCUUUGCCUACACACCUGCAGGUAAGAUAUCUCUGCUCCAGUGGGGUUCAGACCCCAAGUACGGGCCCUUCUCUCACUCAGUGUCCCCCUCAUCUUCCCCAGUGUCCUUCCCACACUCAGAGGGCCUCUCUGGAGCCAGUUCCAGGCCACCCAUGGGCCUUGGCCCCGCCCCCUACCCAUGGCUAGCAGACUCGUGGCCCCACCCAUCUCGAAGCCCCUCAGCCCCGGAGCCCAGGGGAAGCUGCUGCCCCAGCAAUCCUGACCCAGAUGACAGAUAUUACAAUGAAGCAGGAAUCUCCUUGUACCUGGCUCAGACAGCCCGGGGUCCUGCCGCCCCGACUGAGGGUCCUGUCUACAGCACCAUUGACCCAGCUGGGGAGGAGCUGCAGACCUUCCAUGGGGGAUUCCCCCCAAAUCCCUCAGGGGAUCCAGGCACCUGGAGCCAGUAUGCUCCUCCAGAAUGGAGCCAGGGGAACAGUGGAGCCAGGGGAGGCAAAGUAAAGCUUCUGGGAAAACCUGUGCAGAUGCCCUCUCUCAACUGGCCAGAAGCCCUGCCACCACCUCCCCCUUCCUGUGAACUGAGCUGCCUAGAGGGGCCUGAGGAGGAGCUGGAGGGCGGCUCAGAGCCAGAAGAGUGGUGUCCACCAAUGCCUGAGAGGAGCCACCUGGCAGAGCCCAGCUCCAGUGGAGGGUGCUUGGUCCCUCCGUCCCAAGGGGAAGCCCCCUCUCCCACAUCUUCCUAUGGACAGCAGUCCACAGCCACUCUUACCCCCUCACCUCCUGACCCUCCCCAGCCCCCCACUGACAUCCCCCAUCUCCACCAGAUGCCCAGGAGGGUGCCCCUUGGUCCAAGUUCCCCUCUCAGUGUAUCCCAGCCCACUCUGAGUAGCCAUGAAGGGAGGCCUGCUGGCCUGGGUGCUGGACCCACAGCCUCCCAUCACCUCAGCCCCAGCCCUGUCCCUAGUACAGCCAGCAGUGCCCCAGGGAGAACCCGGCAGGUGCCUGGGGAGAUGACUCCUCCACUUCAAGUGCCCCGUGCCCGAAUCCGGAAACCCAAGGCUGUUCCCUACCGACGGGAGCACAGUCCUGGGGACUUGCCCCCGCCACCCUUGCCGCCACCAGAGGAAGAGGCAAGCUGGGCCACAGGGCUGAGGGCAGCAGGCAGCAUGUCCUCCUUGGAACGGGAACGGGAGCGCAGUGGAGAGAGGAGAAUGGUGCAGGCCGGGCCCUUGGGGGCCCAGCGGGGUCCCCACCUGGAUGAAGAGGCCUGGCUCCCUUACAGCCGACCCAGCUUCCUGUCCCGGGGCCAGGGCACCAGCACCUGUUCCACAGCUGGCAGCAACUCCUCCAGAGGCUCCAGCAGCCCCCGAGGCUCCCGGGGCCCUGGACGGAGCCGGAGCCGGAGCCGGAGCCAAAGACCAGGACGGAAACGCGGAGAGGAACCAAGAUGACCCUGGAUGAGGCUAUCAGGAGUUCCACGGGGAAGGGCUUGUCCCUGGGCCGGGAGCCUUGGAUGGGAGCCCCUCCCCCUGGUAAAUGGGUGUGAGCAGAGAGGAGCAGGGGGGGCCCUCUUCCCUCCCAGCAAUGAUGCUUAAAAGCCAGAGAGCCAGCUCUUCCUACCAGAAACUUUCCACCUCUUUCUACCUGAAACUCAUGUGUAAAAGGGACAAAUAAAAAGAGUCU